AUGAACUCCGCACAGCAUGACGAGCUCGCGCAGCUCUUCCAAAACAUGCAAUUCUCCCACCCAGCCGCUGCCUUCCAACAACAGCAGCAACAGCCUAUCCAACCUCCACAAAUUCCCGAAACCCCCGAUAAGAAGAAUGAGGCUAUGAUCCAUUACGCCUCUGCACACUACACCCCCAACACAGCACACGUGCGCGCCGAGUCAGAGCCGUCGAGGAGCCCACCACCGCCCUACCGCGAGGCAGUCAUGCCUGAGGCGAUGGCCGAGACGCUGAGGCAGCACUCCAUUGACCCCUUCGCCCUCCUUCCCAACCAGAUCGACCUCUUCCUGAACGCUGACUACGAGCAGAGACUCCGCCUUCUCGAGUUGUGGCGCAUCGCUCCGCCGUCCUACCCACUCGAUCAGCAUCUGCAGGGACAGUGGUCGGCUACGAACAUGGAGAAGGAGGAGAAUGAAGCCAGGUUGAGGUAUGAACAGCAAAUGCAGGUUCGAUCCGUCCCGCAGGAAGAGCAUAUGCUCGAUACGGUGAUCGUGGGGCCUAUUAGUCCAAUUCGACAAGAGGGUGAGCCGGCAUGGCCGCCUGCAGCACGAAUGCGAGCUGCAUCGAUUGCUGCUGGUCAAGGACCACUACGACAGACUGAGGCAGAGCCCUACAUCGUCAACGGCUACGAAAUCGCCGCAGCAUCUCCCCGCGCAGUAGAGCCAGUGUAUGCUGCUGCCGGACUGUGGCAGGCACCUAGCUAUGCAGAGACGAUGCAUCAAGAACAACAGCAUCAGCGAGCCUUGGAGGACCAGUACGGGAUGUACGAGCAGAUUCGCAACCACGCCGAUUGGGAGCGGAUGAACGAGCAGAUGAUGAGGGAGAAGUUUGUCGGACAGCAGAGCAUGGACGAUGAGAUGGUGAUGUGA